AUGGCAGAGUAUACACCAUGGUACACCGACGCGGACAGCGAGCUCGCGCCUACACUAGGAGUUGGCGGCUAUGGUGGGCAGGUGAUCAUAACCGGAGGCACAUCCAUCAGCCCAGCCCCAACCUCGGGACUAGACAGCCCCUCAGGCGCCGACAAAUACGUUGUCAUCGCAUACAGCAGCAACACUGAUAUAUGGUACUGGAUCGACCAGACCGGCAAUGCAUGGACGGGAAGUUUCUCAGUCGGACGAUCUUUCGCGGGGCCUGAAGUCACGGACGUGAACAAUUUGCCGUUCCCGGAUGUCACAGUCGAGGCGAAUGAGUCUUUGGGGUCGACUGUUAAUGGGUGUUCGUAUACUGGGACGUCGGAGGGGCCCGGAGUGAUGACUUGUCCGGAUGAGACGAUUCAGUGUGUUACAGGGGCUUUGGACCUGGCGAGCGGGAUAUAUCCUAUUGUGGAGUGUUUUAGUUGA